AUGCCAGAAAACUGCAAAUUUUGGUAUGCUUAUUCUCCGAGUGGUGGCUCAAUGAGUAGUGCUAUUCUUCUUCGUUCCGACCUUGAGCAUCUCGAGGAUGUCGAGCAGAACCUACUGAAGAGACUGAGUGAAAUCGGCGCGAGGGACAUAUCCGAAAUAGCUUUUGCAGUUGGCAGGUCAUCAGAAGGAUUGUACCUUCGUAUAGAUUUCAUGCCUUAUGUAGACAAAAUCUCCGAGCAAGUGAGCAAGAAAUCGUCUGAAGACAAGGCAGUGGCGGCUACCAACGUGGCCGCAAAACAUGCUCCUAUGGCACCGACAGAGAAGACACUAUCAAAUGAUGUUGGCGUUUCCUGUUGCGGUGAUUUUGCUGGAGUUGACGACGUACCGAUCACUCUGGAGAUUCACUUCAAAACAUAUGGAAGCAAGGGUGACGUAUGUAUACAAACGGGAACGCCAACGCAAAGUUGAUUCAUCUCAAUCAUCUCAAUCACACGUACUCUGUUUGAUAUGGGCAGAAUAUAUUUAAAAUACUCAAGGAACAAUUCAUCAUGUUAAAUGAUCAAUAAAC